CGGGCCUUCCCAGCGGGAGAGGGAGGCCGGACCCAGACAGACCAACAGGAAGCGGAGCGCGGCCGGGCUGGCGGGUGGCGGUUGGGGUCCUCGGCCGCGUCUCCAGGGCUGCGGGCAGGCCGAGGGUAGGCGGGCGGGGACGGACUCUGAGCCCUUUCGCCUACGGUCCCAGCCCGGAACAAGGGGCGUCCUGACCGGGCGGGACCCCGAGUCCCGGUCCUCUGCGGAACGCGCCGACGGACCCUCCCCCUCGCCCCGAGCUGGGCGCGCACCCGGGACGGCGCCCAGGGUCGAGCACAGGUUCUCCAGGCUCCUCUGCACACGGUCUUCCUGCCGGCCCCCCUCCCGGUCCUGGCCUUCUCCUUCCCCAGCCCUGUUGCAACUCUCAUCUGUCCAGCUGAGGCUCUGGGCUCUGUGGACCCGUUGGCCCAGCUCAAGACUCCCCCCACCCCAGCCAGAAUCCCCACACGCCUGAGUAGGAGGAGGGCCUGUCCCCACUGCCUCCCCCUCCUCCCCCUGACUCCUCAGCCCCCCCAGGCCGUGCCUGAGCAGGCCUGUCUGGCAGGCUGGGACAUGUCUGGCCCCCGAGGACAGCCUGUGGGCUAUGGCUGCAGAGGCGGAGCGGCUGGAGCCCGAGGCAGCUGCUCCAGAAGAUGCUGUGGGAGAGGUUGCGGAUGCUGUGGAUGGCGAGCCUGGGGACCCCCAUCUCCUGCUUGGGAACCGGUUGAACCUGCACCUGUACCCCCGGGGCUGCCACCGGCUGUCACAGCUGUGUGCCCAGCGGGCCCCGCGGCUGCUGGAAGUGGAGUUCUUGCAACUGAGUGGCCACGAGGACCCUCGGCUGCUGGAGGCCACCCUGGCCCAGGUGCCGGCCAACCUGCAGCACCUUCGCUCCCUGGUCCUCAGAGGUGGACAACAGCAGGACGUGCUGGGGGCUUGCUCCCGGGGCUUCCUCACCACACUGCCCGCCGGCCUGAGUGGCUUGGCCCGCUUGGCCCACCUAGAUCUGAGCUUCAAUAGCCUGGAGACCCUGCCGGCCUGUGUCCCGCACAUGCGUGGCCUGAGCACCCUCCUGCUGUCUUACAAUCGCCUCUCAGAGCUCCCGGAUUCCCUUGGAGCUCUUCCUUCCCUCUCCUUCCUCUCUGUGAGCCACAACUCCCUGAGAGCGCUGCCCCCAGCGCUGGGAUCCCUGUCCGCCCUGCAGCGCCUUGAUCUCUCAGAGAACCUUCUAGACAUCCUGCCCCCAGAGAUUGGAGACCUGAGCAGCCUCACCGAGCUCAAUCUGGCUUCCAACCGGCUACAAGGCCUGCCAAUCUCCCUUGUGGGGCUGCGGUCCUUGCGGUUCCUUAUUUUGCACAGCAAUCUCCUGACCUCAGUGCCCUCUGGCCUGGCCCACCUCCCGCUGCUUGCCCGGCUGGAUCUGAGGGACAACCAGCUUCGGGACGUGCCUCCCGAGCUACUGGACGCCCCCUUUGCGCGCCUUCAGGGGAACCCCCUGGGCAAGGCUCUACCUGCCUCCCACAGUGCCCCAGAGACGCCUGUGACCCGCGAAAUGCCCAGACUGUUCCUGAACUCAGACUUGGACAGCUUCCUGGUGACUCCCCAAGGCUGCUUGGUGACCCUGGCCUGUGGGGUCCGCCUGAGGUUUCCUGCUGGGGCCACCGCUGACCCUGUCAACAUCCACUAUCGACUCCGGCUGCCGGAGCCACGCCUUGUCCCCUUGGGUCCCCAUGACGCCCUGCUCAGCGCUGUCCUGGAGCUGCGGCCCCACGGGGUGGCCUUCCAGCAGGAGGUGGACCUGUGGCUGCUCUUUGUGCCCCCCCGGGCCCGGCGCUGCCGUGAGGUGGUGGUCAGGACCCUGAGUGACGACAGCUGGAGCGACUUGGAGACGCACCUGGAGGAAGAGGCACCCAAGCGGCUCUGGGCUCACUGCCAGGUGCCCCACUUCUCGUGGUUCCUCGUGGUUUCACGUCCUGUAUCCAACACCUGCCUUGUGCCACCGGAGGGGACAUUGCUGUGCUCCUCUGGACAUCCUGGGGUCAAAGUCACAUUCCCUCCUGGUGCCACCGAUGAGCCUCGUCGCGUCCGCAUGCAGGUGGUGCACAUGGCCAGCAGAGAGCUUCGAGCCCUCCUUGAGGAGCCCGGGGCGGCGGCCAGCCCCCUGCUGUGCCUCUCCCAGCGUGGCACCGCCAGCUUCCUCCAGCCUGUCACCGUGCAGCUGCCUCUGCCCCCUGGUGUCACAGGCCUGAGUCUGGAUCGCACUUGUCUUCACCUGCUGUACUGGGCACCCCCUGCUGCGGCCUGGGAUGACAUCACAGCCCAGGCGGCGCUGGAGAUCACCCACCUGUAUGCUCGCUUCCGGGUCACACACUUCUCUUGGUCAGUGCCCCCGGCCCCAGCUUCCUCGGCCCCCACCCUGCAGCGCACCCGAGUGCCGCCCACGCUCAUCCCGGGUCCUCGCAGGUACUGGCUCUGGCACACCACCAAGAGCUGUGUGCAGGGCCUGGCUCGGAAGGCCUGGGAGCGCCUGCGGCUGCACCAGGUCAACCUCAUCGCCCUGCAGCGGCGCCGGGACCCCGAGCAGGUCCUGCUCCAGUGUCUGCCCCGCCGCAAGGUGGAUGCCACCCUGCAGCGGCUGCUGGACCGGUACCGAGGCCCUGAGCCCUCUGACACGGUGGAGAUGUUCGAGGGCGAAAAAUUCUUUGCUGCCUUCGAGAAGGGUAUUGACGUGGAUGCUGAUCGCCCAGACUGUGUGGAGGGCAGGAUCUGCUUCGUGUUUUACUCACACUUGAAGAACCUGAAGGAGGUGUAUGUGACCACUGCCCUGGAUCGGCGGGCUCAGGCUGUGAGGGGCCAGGUGUCCUUCUACCGGGGAGCAGUGUCCGAGGAGGUGCCUGAGGAGGCAGCGGCUGCCCGGCAGAGGAAGGGCGCAGACCCCCUGUGGAUGGCCACUCUGCCCAUCAAGCUGCCGAGACUGCGGGGGUCCCAGGGGCCAGAGCAGGGCCGGGGGGCUAGCCUCUCCCUGGCUCCUCUGAACCUGGGUGAUGCUGAGACUGGCUUCCUGACCCAGAGCAACCUGCUGAACGUGGCUGGGCGCCUGGGCACUGACUGGCCGGCCGUGGCCCUGCACCUGGGCAUGCCCUACCGCGAGCUGCAGCGCAUCCGGCACGAGUUCCGGGACGACCUGGACGGCCAGAUCCGUUGUAUGCUCUUCUCGUGGGCUGAGCGCCAGGCAGGGCAGCCCGGGGCCGUGGGUCUCCUAGUGCGGGCCUUGGAGCAGAGUGACCGGCUGGAUAUAGCUGAAGAGGUGAGGGCUAUCUUGGAGCUCGGCCGCCAAAAGUACAAGGACAGCAUCCAGCGUGCAAGCCUCGCCCCCAGGGACCUUGCCCCACCCAAGCCUUCGGAGUCACAGGCCCCAGAGUCUGCCCAGGCCUAGACCCCCCUGACUUGGGGCUGGCCCCUGAUGUACCCUGGCCAACGGUCAGAUGCCCCAUUUUCCCACCUGCCCCGUGUAUGGGGACAGUGACCUCCCUGUGUGUAACAAAUGUGUACUGUU